UUUAGCCUUAAACAACUUCCAACCUUUGAACCCGAAACCUUAAUUUUAAAACACAAUAAUAUAUUCCUUAAAAGUCACCACAAAAAGAUCAAGGGGUUACAAGGACAGGUGAACCUAGCGCCAGCCAUCAGGAGGGAAUGGAGAUUCCAGGUGUUACUCCCAGUAUUGUUUUGUGCUUCUUGAUGACACUUAUCUGCAACAUGCAUCACGUCUCCGUUGCCAUCUGCACUGUCAGCACCAGUGAGGACCUCUCGCGAAACAACGAACUCAAAAGCAAUCCACUGGAAAACAUCGCGAACGCGUCACGGCCUGCAGACACAGCGCCAGGAAAUCGAUCUCAAGACAUAGAUGUCAACAGACCACGGAUUUCCAAGAGCUGGGUGUUCCCAGUGGCUGUGCUGGCAUCAGCGAUCUUCAUCUCUGUCUUCAUCGGCCUGGCAGCGAAGGGCAGGCUCAUCUACCGCUACCUGGCCAGCUACCGGCACACCCUGCUGCCCGAGGUUGAUGCGGUGAGUCAGGGAGUCCCCGUGGGCCAGGAGAUGAGCCUCUCCGGGUAUGACGUGGCGGAUCUGGGGCGACACAGCGGCGCCUGCGAGGAGAUGGAUGACGACGGCUUCAUCGAGGACAACUACAUCCAGGACUGCGAGCGGGAGCGGGCUCAGCGGGCCGCCGAGGAAGUGGAGGAGGACGACGGGAGCGCCGAUGUUCAAUUUUCCAUUGGUUAACGACCUGCAAAGAGGAGGAAAGAGAAGAUACAGACCCAGCCCGAGGUGCCUCAGGACAUCUGACCCUUUACUAAGGCGAAAUUUAUUAAAAAUAUGGCCGAU